UCAUGGAGGCGAACGGGACCGAGCUGCUGCCGGUAGAGCCAGGUAUGGACGCGUUGAUCGUUAACGGGGGUGCGGCGGAACAUGACGCUGAUCUCUCCAAGAAGAAGAAGAAGAAAAAGAAAAGAAGCAAGAUAGCGGUUUCCGUAGGACACGGUGAACAGGGGGAGGAUGGUGAGGUGGAUGGGAAAAAACCGACAGAACAGCAGAACCUGGAGGAGAAUCACAGAGAAGAAGAUGGAGAAGAAGAUGGAGAGGAAUGUGAUAACGUCUCUGGGAAAAAGAAGAAAAAGAAGACCAAGAAAAAGAAAGGACCCAAAACCCAAACUGACCCUCCAUCCAUCCCCAUAUGUGAUUUGUACCCCAAUGGUGUGUUUCCUGUGGGUGAGGAGUGUGAAUACCCUUCAUCGCAAGAUGGGCGUAGUGCUGCUUGGAGAACGACCAACGAAGAGAAGCGAGUGUUGGAUAAAGCAAACGAGGAGCUGUGGAAUGAUUUCCGGCAGGCAGCCGAGGCACAUCGGCAGGUGCGCAAAUAUGUGAAAAGUUGGAUCAAACCUGGAAUGGCCAUGAUUGACAUAUGUGAGCGUUUGGAGGACUGCAGUAGAAAGUUGAUCCAAGAGAACGGUUUGAACGCAGGGCUGGCAUUCCCCACCGGCUGCUCGCUGAAUAACUGUGCUGCUCACUACACACCAAACGCAGGAGACCCUACUGUCCUACAGUAUGAUGACGUAUGCAAGAUCGAUUUCGGCACACACAUUAAUGGCAGGAUUAUUGACUGUGCCUUUACCGUAACCUUCAACCCAAAGUUUGAUCGCUUGCUUGAGGCUGUGAGAGAUGCUACCAACACUGGCAUCAAGUGUGCAGGUAUAGAUGUACGUCUUUGUGAUGUCGGAGAAUCGAUACAGGAAGUUAUGGAGUCAUACGAGGUUGAAAUAGAUGGGAAAACAUACCAAGUCAAACCUAUCCGGAAUCUGAACGGACACUCUAUUGGUCAGUAUCGGAUACAUGCGGGUAAAACGGUGCCUAUAGUGAAGGGAGGAGAAGCCACCAGGAUGGAGGAGGGGGAGGUGUACGCCAUUGAAACAUUUGGCAGCACUGGUAAGGGUGCGGUGCACGAUGACAUGGACUGCUCCCAUUACAUGAAGAACUUUAAUGUUGGACAUGUGCCAAUCAGGCUGCCCAGAGCAAAGCACCUGCUCAACGUGGUGAAUGAGAACUUCGGGACUUUGGCGUUCUGUCGACGCUGGCUUGACCGAUUGGGAGAAAGCAAGUACCUGAUGGCCCUGAAAAACCUGUGUGACCUGGGCAUCAUCGACCCCUAUCCCCCUCUGUGUGACACCAAGGGCUCAUACACAGCACAGUUCGAACAUACAAUCCUACUCAGACCCACGUGCAAGGAAGUUGUGAGCCGUGGAGACGAUUACUGAAAUGCACACGUGCAUACACUCCAGUUUUGCGCAAAAAAAACAUACACAGACACUUGAAUAUAAUAAACUGUAUAAAGUAGAACUGAACUGUUGUUAAAAUAAUAGUUUGCCCAAAAAUGUAGUUUUCCUUGUCAAUGUGUAGAGAUGGAUGUUUAGCUAUAGCGAAAGUGAAAAUCAGGAACCUGUUGAGCUCCAAAAAAAAACAGAACCGAUGUGUUGGCUACCAUUGAUGGUGCACAGUCCGCAUUAUUGGCAGAGUUUUGCAUUUGUGAACGUAAUUUUACAAAAGUAGGAUGUGAUUAUAGAGCAGCACCAAAAAAAUAAUGGUUUGAGUUGAGGGUGGGGGGUUUCUUUGAUUAAAAAGUUAAUACAAGAUCACCAUACUUUGUGAAAUCACAGCGACUGGGGUACUUACCGGCAAACAAGGGUACUUUAAUGCUUAGAGAUUAGCGAGGGAGUGCUGCUUCAUGUUUGUUUUUUUAUAUGGUUUAAAUAUAUUAAACCUAUUUUAGCCUUACGCUGCUCAGUCUACCUAUUAAAAGUAGAAAAAAAAAUCUAUUUCAUUAAUAGCUUAGACAAAAUCAUAUUUUGCUCUUGUCUGGGGGGGCAAUGCCCCCCCUGCCCCCUCAAAUUUCCAUAAUUUAAGAAAAA